AUUGACUUUCCCAGGAACACAGACUUUGCAAAAACAGAUAAAGCCAAAGGCCACAUUAACUGCUCGCCGAUCUUCUUUUUCCCGUUGAUCGGCCGGCGGAAAUGACUACGCCGGAGUUCCUGAUACUGCUGCUUUGUAUCAUUAACCUCUGUCCAAAACUCACAUACGCCGGAGUUUCAGAAACUCGCCGGAGCCGAUCGCCGGAGACAACUAGUUUAUGUUCUCACCUCAUCGAACCUUCCGGUUACCCUUGCUCCGAACAUUCCACUAAAACAGAAGAUGGAUAUUUGUUGGGUCUUCAGAGAGUGUCGUCCAGUAUCGGAAAAUUAGGAGGGCGUAAGGGUCAGCCGGUUCUGCUUAUACACGGGCUGUUUAUGGGUGGUGAUUCGUGGUUCCUGAAUUCCCCGGAUGAAUCGUUAGGCUUCAUUCUUGCUGAUCAAGGUUUUGAUGUUUGGGUUGGAAAUGUUCGAGGGACACACUGGAGUCAUGGUCAUGCAACUUUAUCAGUGGAAGAUAAGGAUUUCUGGGACUGGAGUUGGCAGGAACUAGCUCUUUUCGAUCUUGCAGAAAUGAUCCGUUAUGUGAAUGCUUUCACAAAUUCCAAAGUGUUUGUUGUUGGACAUUCACAGGGAACAAUUAUGUCUUUAGCUGCCUUUACUCAGCCAGGGAUUGUAAAAAUGGUGGCAGCUGCUGCCCUUCUAUGUCCUAUAUCAUAUUUGGAUCAUAUCACUUCUCCUUUUGUUCGUGAUCUGGUCUUUAUGCAUCUCGAUGGGAUAAUGGUUGAUCUAGGAAUUCAUCAACUUAAUUUUAAAAGUGAUUUUGGCACUAAAGUCAUGGAUAUGAUGUGUGACUCAAAUAUUGACUGCGGUGACUUGCUUGCUUCAAUUACAGGGAAGAACUGCUGCUUUAAUGGCUCUAGGGUGGACUUCUAUCUUGAUAAUGAACCUCACCCGUCAUCAGCAAAGAAUUUGCAGCAUCUUUUCCAGAUGAUACGGAAAGGUACUUUUGCGAAAUAUGACUAUGGAUUGAUUAAGAACUUGAAGACUUAUGGUCAACUUAAAGCCCCAAGUUUCGAUUUAAGUCAAAUUCCUGCUUCACUUCCAAUCUGGAUGGGCUAUGGAGGAAAUGAUGCUUUAGCAGAUGUGACUGAUGUGCAGCGCACUAUCCAAGAAUUGCAGUCGAAACCAGAUAUGCUUUACUUGGAAAAUUAUGGUCACAUAGACUUUCUCUUGAGCAUAUAUGCUAAGGGAGAUGUCUAUGAUAACAUGAUCACAUUUUUCAGGUCAUAUGGAAACUAUAGUAGUGCAAGUUCAUAAUUAUCAGUUUUAUGCCACCAAUUUUAUAUGUAAAUGUUCUGUACAUAGACAUGCCGAUAUAUUCAGUGCAGUCGUAUGCUGUGUUCCUGUAUUACUCUCCCACUUCCCUUCCAUUGUAACCAUUGUUGUACUUCAAGAAGAAUGGUGAACUAUUAUCGAAAAAUGUUAUUAUAAAUUUGCAGAAA